UUUUUUGGCCGGGGGGCCGAACCUCCUACGUGGUCUCCGCGCCUAGGGGUCGCGCAGUAUGCGGGACUGGUCUGCGACUGCGAACCGCGGGCCCAAGGAUGUUUUAGGGCCCUACCGCACUAAACGAUUCCCCGGCACUCUUACACCCGACGUCCGAUCUUCGCCUGGGGUCCUUAAUCCGGUCAGAAUAUGGGGGUUCCCGCGGUCAACACUACACCAGACUCGUGGCGUCACCCCAAGAACGCUCGACCGACGGGUCGUCGAGACGAUAGUCGACGACCAACGACAGAGGUCUCCACCUUACGGCGGCUCUACCAGGCCGCCCGGGCGAUGCCGUUAGUGUUCUCGGAUACCCCGCUGGGUUAGAACCAGCCUCCUGCGUUGGAACGCGAUACACCGCCAACCGGGUUGCUCUUUCAUAGUAUGUUUGGCGACGCAUCGUCCUAUCCUCUUGGUGCCAGCGCGGUGCAGUGACGGCAGCGUGCAGCGCAGCCCCAGCCUCCUCAGGUCGCCCCGUGGUCAUCACCGGGAGGACACCACGACUCGAGAACGGCACGCCAAGAUUGAAGCUACCGGGCUCGAACUUCUGUCGCCACCAGUCCCACCUCUAGACCCAGUCUUCGGAUCCUGCCGAUGACGAAGGCCACGCUUGCACAGGAAAGACAGGCUGACUCGCGCAAAUCCUUCUCCCAGGCCACGACCAGAUUGUCGUCCGCGUAAUAAACCAGGAACAAACCCGCUCAGACCCGGGAGAGGAGCACGAAGGGUGCCCCACAGGACUCAAUCAUAGCCGAUGUUCCACAAGAGAGGGCCAAGGACUGACUCUGUGGAACCACGCUCGACCUGGAAGCGGAGCACCGUCCAGACCGAUGCAAAUACUUACACGCCAUUGCGUUCAGAGUUAUAAACGAAUGUGUGAUGAUAGAACAUUACUUGAACAUAUUCAAACAGCAUACUUACUAAUCACUAGUAGGAAUUAAAGUUUUGAAUAUUUCGUGGUAUCAGUCCUCGUCUCUUUACUGGUGGUAGGAUCUCUUGUGAGUACGCACGGGUAGGUACCACCACCCUGCCUAUUUCUGCCGUGAAGCAGUAAUGCGUUUCGGUUUGAAGGGUUUUGCAGCCGUUGUAACCAUACUGAGACCUUAGAACUUAUAUCUCAAGGUGAGUGGCGCAUUUAUGUUGUAGAUGUCUAUGGGUCCCAGUAACCACUAUAACAUCAAGCGGGCUGUGAGCUCGUCCACCCAUCCAAGCAAUAACAAAAAUAAAACAAAACGGGAAUGUAGAUUUGCUCUCUGCUAAAAUAAAUAUAAUUGUGCUACUAGCUUCACCAGCUUAUCAUCAGUGCUCAACUAAAAUCGAAGGAAUGUCCUGUAUAACUUGGAAAGUGACUACACCGACUAUUGAUGUGACAACGGUGCACACCUCCACGCCAUAGCUGGUAUAUAUACGAUACGAAUUCUUCGAAAGGAUUCAGUCGCACGUUACAAAAUGAUAUUAACUAUAAUAUUCAUUCUGAGUUUAUGUGUUUAUAUUCUCUAUAGGAUAUCUACAAGGAAAUUUGAUUAUUGGCAAAAGAAGAAUGUGAAUUACGUACAGCCGACUCCUUUCCUUGGAAACUACUCUGGGUACAUACUUCUAAAGGAAAACUUAUUGGACGUGGUGUAUAAUUUGAGUAAAUUGUUUCCAAAUGAUCCCUACGUUGGUGCAUUCUUCGGCACAAAGCCCACUUUAAUCGUUAAGGACCCUGAGUUCAUCAAACUCGUGUUGACAAAGGAUUUUUUUUACUUCACCGGCAAAGAGUGCUUCGAGUACACCCACAAAGAAGUCAUCACGCAGGGCAUCAUUUUCACGUACGGCGACCGCUGGAAGGUCAUCCGACAAAACGUGACGCCGCUUUUCUCUUCUUCAAAAAUGAGAAGCAUGUUUCGCAUUAUCGAACAUUGUUCUGGUGUUUUCGAGAAUUUGCUGGAUGAAGAAUCUUUAGCACCCGAAGUUGAAAUGAAAUCUUUAAUGUCGCGGUUCACAAUGGACUGCAUAGGCGGUUGUGUGUUCGGAGUAGACAUUAAUGCGAUGCAGGAACCCAAGGAUAACAUCUUCACAACUAUGGGAUGCCUUUUCUUGGAGACCACCACCUCCCGAGGUAUAAAAAACGUUGUCAAAGCUAUCUGGCCGGAAAUAUUCUAUGGACUAGGUUUCAAAGUAUUUCCAACGGAUAUACAUAAGUUUUUCAGUAAACUUCUAGUAAGAAUUUUCGAAGCACGGGACUACAAGCCUUCCGAACGUACCGAUUUCGUCGACCUGUUGUUAAAUUUGAAGAAGAACAGACAUAUCGUCGGCGACCGCUUGCAAAAGAUUAAAACAGGAGACGAAGGAGCAGACAGUAAAUUUGAACUGGAAGUGGAUGAUGGGCUUUUAGUGGGGCAAUGCCUAGCCUUCUUUAGCACAGGUUUUGAAACUUCAUCCACUAUUUCAAACUUUACUUUGUACGAGCUGGCAAAGAAUCCAGAUGUUCAGAAAAGAGCACAGAAAGAAGUAGACGAAUACAUUAAGAAGCACAACAAUAAACUAGAUUAUGAUUGCGUGAAGGAGCUCCCGUUUGUGGAGGCGUGUAUAGAUGAAGCGCUACGUUUGUAUCCUCUUUUUGGGGUAAUAUCAAGACAAACAGGGGAACGAUACACAUUCCCGACCGGCCUGACUCUCGACAAAGGAGAUCGCGUCCAUAUUCCCGUGUAUCAUCUGCAACGCGACCCGGAAUACUUUCCGGAGCCAGAGCUCUUCAAGCCGGAGAGGUUUUAUGGGGAAGAAAAGAAGAAUAUCAGGCCCUUUACGUAUUUGCCAUUUGGGGACGGACCACGCAUUUGUAUUGGUAUGAGGUUCGCGAAGAUGCAGAUCCUGGCCGGUCUGGUGACAAUACUGAAAAAGUACACAGUGCAACUGGCCGACGGUAUGCCGGAGACGAUCGAUAUCGAACCCAAAGCCAUUGUUACGCAGCCAGCCAUUAGCUUGCGACUAAAAUUCGUUCCGAGAAAUGAUUUGCAGAAAAGAAUUUUCGCAUAGACGUAAUAAGAGUUCUAAGUCCGGCUAUACCGUAAGCAGUCAAAGCAAACGGAUACUAAAUUUGAUGGCCCGGUCUACGUGUUUUUGACUGGCUGGGAUACUGAGCUUUAUUUAUUUAACUUUUUAAGUGGGUGAUAUUGAGUGGCUUGCUGAUAAAGCGCCCGCUUUGAAAUUCGAAAUCGACAUUUCAAUAUCAUAAUAAUAUAAGUCCCCAUCAGAACGGAGGGGUGCCGUGCUCACGGUACAAAUAGGCAGGAUGGCGUUCAUCCAGACACAUAAUACACCCUAAGAUUAAGGAUUAAUAAGUUAACACGUGUUAGGUGCGUAUUUAUAUACCUCCGCGACCGGGUAUCCGUAAAUGGAUUCCCUAACGUUAAAAAAAAAGCUGCAUUUCCUUAAAAUUUGAUACUUGCCUGCACCAUUGUGCUCAGUGCGAGUUUUUUAACUUUCUCGAUUGCGUAAAAGUUAACUCAAAUUUGUAUGGAGCUGGAACGUUUACCUACGUUUGCCGCUAGGGGCGCUGUUCCAAUUGCAUACAAUUUUUUUAUUUUAUUGCUUAGAUGGUUGGAAGAGCUCACAGCCCACCUGCUGUUAAGUGGUUACUGGAGCCCAUAGACAUCCACAACGUAAAUGCGCCACCCACCUCGAGAUAUAAGUUCUAAGGUCUCAGUAUAGUUACAACGGCUACCUCACCCUUCAAACCGAAAGGCAUUACUGCUUCACGGCAGAAAUAGGCAGGGUGGUGGUACCUACCCGUGCAGACUCACAAGAGGUCCUACCACCAGUGAUUACGUAAAUUAUAAUUUAGCGGGUUUGAUUUUUAUUACACGAUGUUAUUCCCUCACCGUGGAAGUCAAUCGUGAACAUUUGUCAAGUACGUAUUUCAUUAGAAAAAUUGGUACCCGCCUGCGGGAUUCGAACACCGGUGCAUCGCAACAACGAAUGCACCGGACGUCUUAUCCUUUAGGCCACGACUCCAAUGCUCUCUAGACAGUCCCUUUAUCUCUCAUGCAUCCAAUCUCCGACGAGAUGGAGCUCAGAGAGAUCAAGCUCUCCGAUUCGGAAUAUCGGACAGCCGUAGUACAAAUGCCACGUCCAUAAUUCUACAAGUUUCGUUUUUCAGACUAUUUAUUUGUCUAGUUUCUCACCUUUUUUUGGAUUCUCUAUGCUCUAGACUACAUUUCCGUAUAAAAUAAAAUAUAAAACUAAGUUUAUAAAUGAUAUUUGAAAUACAUAUGUAACAUAAAAACGAUUUAUAAUUUGUAUAUUAACGAAAUUAGCUGUUGUCCUAACUUGUCUUUGAACAAAGAUAAGAAAAACGAAUCUAAAUCAGGAAACAUUAUGUAAUGGAUAAUCUUUUCUAUUGCAAUGUACAUUAAAACGUUAAACCAUUACCAAUAUUUCCUAUUACUAGAGUUCCCGCAGUAGUCGAAAUUCGACUAUAAUUAAUUGGAAUUGUAAGUUUGUACACUAUUAUGAUUGUAUUUUAUAAUCACAAAUCUCGCCAAGACUACACUAUAAAAAAUAUCAACAAAGACAAUCAAUACCUAUUUAAUGUAUUCUCAAUUUGACAACAGAUGUCAAGAACAAAAGCUUGACAAUAAAUAGUAUGCAUGCGUGUGUGCGUCAAAUACAUGGUCUGUAGUGUGUGUAAUGUUGUCUUUAUUCAUUUAAUGUAUCUUUUAUGCAUUAUUUAAAAAAAAAAAUAGCUUUUUUUUUAUUGCUUAGAUGGGUGGACGAGCUCACAGCCCACCUGGUGUUAAGUGGUUACUGGAGCCCAUAGACAUCCACAACGCAAAUGCGCCACCCACCUUGAGAUACAAGUUCCAAGGUCUCAAGUAUAUGUAGUUACAUUGUUGCAUUGUGCACUUCUUCUCUAUAUUCUCUAUAAGUGUGUAAAAUUUAAUACUCCUCCGUCCGCGCAAUUUUCGUAAAAAGGGAUACAAAGUUUUCGCUUCACGUAUUAAUAUAUAGAUUAGAUUCAUUGAAGUUAGUUAACCUGUACUCAUUUAUCAAAGCGCCUGCAAUGACGCAUAGCAACACAAGAGUUUUUAUUGUUUGUCACACUUAUUAUGAGCCAUUGAAAAAUAUACUCGUAUGUAUAACCUUAUUGUUUGACAUUAUAACUAUAGAAUUUGCUUACAAAUACAUUAUUGAAAAGUACAA